AUGGAUAUCUUGGAAAACAUUCCGAGGUAUAGAGAAGAUGGACCACCAUACUGGUUAAUAUUUGUUGGUCAAAACACAAGAUACUGUGAAGCCAUACCAUUACAGUCCAAAGCUAUUUUAGAUAUCUUAGCAGCUUUGACAAUAUUCGUUGACAAAUACCAUCCAACAAAACUGACAUCUGACUGUGAAAGUUCUUUCAAAUCAGAUGAUGUAAAAAACUAUCUGCGUUCAAAAAAUGUAAACCAAUAUUUCAUUGUCGACCAAAACCAUUCUGCUCUUGGUGUCAUUGACGGUUGUAUAAAAAUGUUAAGAGACUUAAACCAACCACAAGGUGGUGAAGCAAAUGA